GCUGAGUAGUUCAAAUGUUCCAAACAUAACCCAACAAAAAAACGUCAAAAAUGUUUCAAAAAAUUAUAAACAAGGCGUUUAAUUUCGCUUUAAAAGAGUAUCGUGGUGUUAGUACGAACGCAGUUCGGGUCAAAUUACGAGAACAAAAUAAAGCAAAUGCCUGGCAAGUCCAUUCUUAUGGCGAUAUAAGUGAGCUCCAGUUUGGAAAAAUUCGUAUUCCGCAAAUUCGGCACUCGGACGAGGUCUUAAUUAAUGUGGAAGCGGCUUCUCUGAACCCUAUCGACAACCUAAUGCUAGGUGGUUAUGGGAGAACCUUGUUUCAAAUUCCCCGAAAAUUUGAAAUGGAGCUUCCCCUAGUGUUAGGGCGUGAUUUUUGCGGCACCGUUAUUUACAAAGGUCUUGAGGUUGGUAGUUCAUUCAGUGUGGGUGAUAAAGUUUAUGGUUUUAUACCCAUUCAUAAGCAAGGCACUUUUUCGGAAGUUGUGGUUGCGAACAAAGCACAUAUUUGCAAAAAACCCAAAGACUUGACAGAGGCCGAAAGUGCCUCUUUAGUCUAUGCAACAAUGACGGCCUGGUCUGCACUUUAUCUCUUUGGUAAUUUAUUGGUCAAGGGUGCCAGAGGUUCCAGAGUAUUGAUUUUGGGGGCUUCUGGAGGCGUAGGAACGGCGGCUGUGCAGUUAUUAAAGUCUCAAGGUUCCAUUGUGUAUGGGACUUGUUCAACUGAUGCUAUGCCGCUGGUUAGGUCUUUAGGAGCUGAUUGCAUUUUCGAUUAUAAAGAUUCAGAUUAUUUAAAAAAUGUUGAAACAGGGGGAUUUUAUCACAUUAUCCUAGACUGUGCAAAAUUUGGCUAUGAAAAUAUACCAAAAACGUGGAAAUUUGGAACAUAUAUUACGCUAAACUCGCCCUUGCUUCUAAAUACGGACAAAUAUGGACUAGUAGGGGGGCUGUUGAACAGCGCUGCGACUUUUUUGUCUAAUAAUAUUAAACCACCUGGUGAGAAAAGGUGUCUCAUGUGGGGAUUUUUUGUGCCUUCUGGAAGCGGAUUUCAGUUCAUUAAUAAAUUGAUCACUGAUGGACAAAUCACUCCUUUGAUUCAUAAACAGUUUAAAUUUGAAAAUUUACCAGAGGCUUUCCAGGAACUCAAUAAGGGACAUUUGAGAGGAAAAAUUGUUGUUACGUUGUAGAUA